AUGAAAUCACUGUACAGAUUUGUUAUUAUUUUUUUAUGUAUUAUUGGUGUGAUAAUUGUUUUAAAUAUUUCAUCGCAUUCAAGUAGUAACAAAAAAAAUGAUGAAGAUUCGAAUACUGAAAUCAUUUCAAAUCAUCGAGAUCCACGUGCUCGAGGACGUCUCAAAAAAGAGUCGAUGGAAAUAAUAAAUCAAGAAGUCACUAUUUGUGUUGUCGUUUGUGGUGACAGAUUAGAUGAAUCUCUUACAAUGUUUAAAUCUGCAUUAGUUUUUACGAAAAAACUAUUAAAAUUGAUUGUAAUUGCUGAAGAUGACUUGAUCGUUGCAUUCGAUGAGAAACUCAGCGAAUGGAAGUAUUUAACAAAUAAUUCAUUUACUUUUGUGCUGAAACCGAUUCAAUUUCCAAACAAUAGUGAUGCUUCAAUGUGGAAGAGAUUAUUCAAGCCAUGCGCUGCUCAAAGACUUUUUCUACCGGCUUUAUUGAAUGAUACUGAUGCCAUUUUAUACGUUGAUACAGACACAUUAUUUUUAGCACCACCAGAGUUAGUCUGGGAUGAAUUUAAAAAAAUGAAUUCAACACAAUUGGCUGCUUUGAGUCCUGAACAUGAAGAUCCUAAUACAGGAUGGUACAAUCGAUUUGCCAAACACCCGUACUACGGAAAACUCGGUGUCAAUUCAGGUGUUAUGUUGAUGAAUUUAACACGAAUGCGUGAAUUUAGAUGGACAGAUUAUGUAAUACCUAUUCACAAAGAGUAUAAAUUAAAAAUAACAUGGGGUGAUCAGGAUAUUAUUAAUAUUAUAUUUCAUUAUCAUCCAGAAAGAUUGUAUAUUUAUCCGUGUCGUUAUAACUACAGACCAGAUCACUGUAUGUACAUGUCUGUAUGUACUAAUGCUGAGACAGAAGGUGCAUUAGUGAUCCACGGAUCGAGAGGUACAUUUCACUCACAAAAACAGCCUCCUUUUCGUGCUGUCUUUCGAGCAAUGCAACAGUAUCAAUUCGGCACUGAUAAAUAUGAAAAUUUGUUUUUACCAAUGCAAAGUUAUCUAAUGAUGGAUGAUAAUUCACAUUGCGGUAAAGUUUGGAAGGUUUUUAUAAUACAACCUGAAAUUUAUAUAGGCAAUAAUUUUAUUAACUAA